AACACGUUAAUUUUCAAACGGCAAUCCCACCUAAACAAACCGGGUCGUAGAUCUGUUUCGUUCAUCGUCAAUUUUAACAUUACCGUUAUAUAUAACUUACAUAUUUUUUUUUACAUUGAGUUUAUCCACAAUAUGGAUUUGGAUUCGCUUAAAUAUGCGGAAUUACAGCGCCUCGCGAAAGAGGCUGGACUGAAAGCAAAUAUGAAGGCUGAAAAGCUGUUGAAAGCUUUAAAAGAACACUUUUCGCAACAGCAGACAUCAGAGAACGGAAAUGAUGCAGCCACCGCGGACGCGCACGAUGCUGUUUCAGCCGUGGACGAGCAGGGCGCGCACACUGUAACCUUUGUGACCGAGCGCCGAGGAAAACGCCGCACCGCCAAGAGAAAGCUCAGUGACUCCACACCUGUCACUGCUCAGACUAAAGAAAAGACGGCAAAAGAGGACAGCCGAAGGGGAUCCAAGAGGAGGAAAGUGUCCUCAGCUGAGGACACACAAACUCCAGUUCCACCUGAAACUUCGACCAAAGAAAAUCCUGUGGAGAAAGGUCUAGAAUCUGGGGAAACCAAUCCAGACUCUAAAGAUGCUCCUGUAGAGCCAAGUGUUGCAGGUGUGGGGAGAAAAACCGCUGGUAAAAUCCCCCGUCUUGAGGGUCUGAUGAAGAGAAAUGCUUCGCUGCGGCCGACAACUCCUAACUUCAAGAAACUCCAUGAGGCUCAUUUCAAAAAGAUGGAGUCCAUCGAUUCUUACGUCCAAAGGAAGAAUAAACAAAUGGAGGUGUUAAGGAAUUCUGUCAAGGAGCUGAAGACUCUGUCAGAAAAGACGUUGAUGAAAUCGGCUGAAACAAAGACUCAAAUGAAGGUGCCUGCUAGCCGAGUGUCUCUCUUCAGUCCUGGAGUGCAAGAGAAAAAAACAUUGGCAGAAAAACCCAGGCUCACUCAGCAAACUGCCAGCAAGUCUGCUUUUAAGGACAGCGCCACCUUCAGGCCAACUGUCCUCACCACUAAUAAAAUCAAUGUUCGGUUCUCACAGACCACUCACGAUAACGAAUACAAGCGUUCAUUUGUAAAGACUCCAGCUCGUAUGUCUCCUCUCAUCCCUCUUACUUCCACUCCAGGGAGGAAAUCUGCUGUUCAUAACAAACCUGAACUUAAUAGAAGUGUUGGUGCCAUUAAUACACCUGGAGUUACUCCAUUUGUUUUUAAUGGGAACAACAGUGAGUCAGUCACCCCUAAUAUGAGCAAGAAGAGCGCAUUUGAUCUUAAGGCCAGUCUCUCUCGUCCACUCUCCUACAAACCGCACAAAGGAAAACUGAAGCCCUUUGGAGCUCCACAGGAGAACACAGCACUUAAUAAAUCUCAGACUGUUCCUUCACACCAGAAAAACUAUAAACAGCACCAGGUUCAAACCAGAGAGGAGCGACGUGCCAAGCACACAGAAGACCGGAAAACGAAGAAAGAGAUGAUGUUGGGUUCCAGACGAGGUCUGGUCAUGGCCUAACUCCAGUGUUUUUACUGUUUUGUUAUCUUAGACACUCACUUUACAUGUUUAGCUUUCGUCUUUUGUUUUAUUCAAAACGUUAGUACAUUUUUUCCUUUUCUCUAAAUGCUUGUUUUUUUUUUGCUUAGUUAAAAUGAGGUGAGGUCAUCCAACAAAAAAAUACAUUUUUUUUUUCUUACCAAUUUAUAAAUAUAGAUUUUAUACGUUUUAAAUUGUUUUUGAUUUAUGUGUGAAAAAGUUUUUUCCAUUUAUAUUUAGUAUUUGUACUGUGCUUCAAUUUAUUGUAAACCAAGACGAAAACAGUAAAGUCACUCAAAACAUUGGUCACACAAAAUGUUUAUUUGAACUUGAGUGAUAUUCAUAAAUGAUACUUAGUCUUAAAUGUCAUUUUGUGUGUGUGUGUGUGUGUGUGU